ACUUCUUUUUUUUUAGAUUUGUUUUUUUGGAAAAAAAAAUAUUUUCAGAAAAGAAACAAUUAUUUGGAUCAUGCAACCAUCGUACAAUCGUUCAAGUCCAUCGUGUCUUCAAACUCGUACGACGUCAAGUUCAACUUUGCUGCAUCAUCAUCAUCAGCCUCAAUCUUUUUAUGGACCAGUUACGCUGCAACCAUUUACAGCUGUUUUGCAUCCCACUUGUAUUUAUUCUACUCAAAGAAAUACUGGUCCGAGUGCAGCACACAUGACACCACAAGGUAGCCAAUUAUGCGAAUGGCAAACGAAGAACAAAACCCAGGCAGUGAAUUUGCGAAAUCAACGAAAAAUUUUUUACUCAACAAAACCAUUUGAUCAACAGCAAAUAAAUCCUCAACUUCCAACUGUUCAAUCGCCAUAUCUUCUCAGCGCAUCAAAUUUCUGUCAUGGACCAUAUUCGACAGAUCAGAAUAAUUCAGGACUCACUGUAUUAUCGCAACCUUAUUUUAAACCUCCUGAUGUUCAAGCUCUUUGUCUCGUUCAAGAUAGACAAUUCAUCACUCAACAACAAACACAUCAGUAUAAUCCUUAUUAUAAUCUCAGCUCAACACUUCAAACCGUCACUGCCAACACAAAUCUUCAACUUCCCACUCAAAUAACAUCCUAUCCUCAAUUCACCAACAAUUUAUCCCUUCAUACAAAUCAAUUAUUUCCAAAUCCAAAUAUUUUCAAUCCACUAAAAGAAAAUAGUCAAUCAUCCGCUAUGGAAAUUUCGUUAAAAUAUCCAAAAACUAAAUCAAAUCCUUUUAUCACUCAAAGAAAUGAUUAUGAGAAAAAUGAAAAUCCAUCAUCCGAUUAUAGACAAUUUUGCGCCGAAGUACAAAAUAAAGCCAAUUCCUCCACUAAAACACAAGACUUAUCCGAUGAUUCAUCAACGAGUUUUGAUUUUACCAUAGAAGCUGAAAAAAUGGUAUCAGCACUCUGUAAUACAUCAUCAAAUGAUUUGGAUAAAAACACCAAAACUAAAACACACAAUGGAGCCGGUGAUGUUGCAUUCAACAAAAAUCUCACAAACACUCAAAUUGUCCAAUCAGAAUCAUCAGUUGCACUAAAAUCACACAACGAUGACAAUAACAAAAAAUAUCCCGAACUAAUAAGAAAAACCACAAUUUGGGGUUGCAAUCAAGCUGAAAAUAUUCUCAAUUCCGCCAAAUAUCAUCGAACAACAAAACUCGAAUGGCUAAUGAAUCUUUCAAUUGCAACAAGAACAGCAAUAACAAAAUCAUCAACUUGUUUUUCAAUAUUUGCCGGCGAUCGUAUCCUCAUUCAAGAUCUAAUAAAUUCCCUCUUGAGAAUCAGUAACGGUUGGUUAAUUCUCGAUAAUUAUCUCAAUAAACAAAAUUCAAUUAACAAUGAUAAAUACGAUGAAAAUUUAAUAAAAAAUUUCCAUCUCUGGGAAAGUGUUACCAAUGAAUUAUUACAAAAUAUUAUUAAAACAUUUCUUCAACUUGAGGAAAAAUCCGAACAACAAGAAAUUGAAACAUCCGGCACACCGGGAACAUUUCCCGGUGAUGUUUCAAUAUACACAAAAUGUGAUCUUUUAGAACCACCGGUAAAAUUUAAUCCAGCACCCGGAACAGCGAUAAUAUCACCAAUACAAAAUUUUCAAUAUCAAAAAAAAGGCACAAAACCCAAAAGUAAAUGGACAAUCACCGAAAGUCAUAGUAAAGAAAAUUUACAACAAUCAAAAAAUAAAUUCGAUAUAAAAAAGGAAACAUCACUAAACGACGAAUUUUUUAAUCUCAAAAAUAAAAUAUACUUUCAAGACAGUGGCAAUAAAUCAGAUGUUAAAAAUUUUGAAAAGAAAAUUUUUAAAUUACCCAAUAUGACACUUUUGAGUCAAAUUGAACCCAAUACAACAGCAACGAAAAAAGAGGAAAUGACCGCUAAUCUAUCGGCUUGGUUUGCAAGCAUGAGAAAUGAUUCCAAUGAAAGUGAGAUAAAUUUUUUAGAAACAGAAAUUAAUCGCGAUAAAAUUGAUUUGAGUCGACAAUUUAAUCAUCAACUUUUGUCACUUCAAAAUAUGCAAAGUAUUCAAAGUGCCCCAUGGAAUGCUGCAAAUUUAAUCAACAAUCAUUAUCAACAACAAACACACGACAAUGAUAGUUCUGAAGAUGUUCGUAUCUAUAUGAAACCAGGAAGUUACAAUGUUCCAAAAAAAAGACAUCAAAAACGAACACAACGAAAAAUAGAUAAUUCCCGUCAUAAAUCGUCGAAAAUUGAAACAAAUUUUUAUCGAAAAAUAAAUUCAUUCGAUGAAACAAAUAAUUCUCAGGAUAUCACAUGGAAGGCUGCUUGUGCAUCAGCCGAAGUAUUACUCGGUGCAUUAAAUAUAAAUUCCCAGCAGGAAAAAAAUUUCGAUAUACCAUUAAUUAAGGAACAAAUUUCAGAUAAUCGAGACGAAUUCAAUAACAAGGAUCACAUUUUCAGAAAUAAAAAAAUAUUUAACGAAAAUGAUAAAAAAAAAAAUGAAAUCCAAAAAAUAAAAGAUAAAUUCUCAAUUAAAACUGCCAGAAAUAAUGAGUCAAUGAUAAAUGAUAAUUUAAUACAAUAUCAAAAUGAAAUAAGUCAAAUUAUAAUAAAACAAAAUUCAAUAAUUAGAAAUCAGGAACAAAUUAAGAAACAAGAUUUAUAUAGAAAUCAAGAACAAAAUAAUCAGAGAAUAAAUAAAAAUUAUAUAAUCAGUGAACAGGAUCAAAUGAUGAAUAUUCAAUUUAUUGAACACGAUUCUCAAAUUACAAGAAAUCAUAAUAAUAAUAAUAAUUUAAUUGAAAAUCAAAAUAUUUCAAAAAAUCGUGAACAAUUUAAUUAUCAAAAUCAUCGAAGAAUGAGAAAUCAAGAACAAAUCAAUAAUGAUGAUCGAAUUGAGAAAAAAUGUAAUGAACUAUUAAGGGAACGAGAUCAACAAAUAAUUCGUAAUCAAAAUCGUCGAACAAAAUCAAAAAAAGAUGCAUCAAGUUACGAGGCUUCUGAAGAUGAUUCUGAACCAUCACCAAAAACAUCAUCACGCAGUCUUAAACGAUUAAAUGAAAUGAAAAUUGGUAAAACAAAUGUUAAAACAGAUUCAUGGUUAAUUCGUACUCUAAACAAUAUUAGUAAAGAAAAUAAUCUCGCAAGUUCUGAUUCACUAAAUAGUUCAAUACACGAAAAUGAUCAAAUAACAAAAUCAUCAAAAGUUAUUUUUCCAAAUUUUUCCAAAAUUCAUCAACUACCAAUUAAUGAACAUAAUCAUGGUAAGGCAACAUAUUCAGAAACUGUGCGUCGAUCAAAUCAAAAUAAAAAUGAAAUGACAAAAUUAACUGACGAUAUUUAUAUUCCAUUUUGUAAGGAGAAAAUAAAUAAAAAAGAUCAACAGAGAUUUUGUAAAAUUUCUGGAAAACGUUAUUUUAAUGAUACAAUUGAUAGUGAAAUUCAAAUUGAUGAUAAAAUAAAGGGUAAAUAUUUGAGGGAUGAGACAAAAAUAAUUAGUGGCAAAUCAACAUUGGGAAGAGGACGAAGAAAGGAUAAUAAUAAUUUGAUUAUUGAUGGAAAAUAUAAAUCCGAUAGAGGAUGGUCCGUUUGGUAUAGUUCAAAGAAAAAACAAAUAUUGAAUCCAUUGAGUGUGAAAAAAUUGGAAACAAUUCAUCAAACACUUUGGAAAAUGGAUGAAACGUGUCUUUUUAAAUAUCCAUCGUCCACUGGAAUUGGAGAGUCACAGCACAAAAUGAUUGACAAUUACUGUAAAAUUGUGAAAACUCCCAUGUUUCUUGAAACAAUUGGUCAAAAAUUGAAGAAUCGAGUUUAUCUCAAAGUCGAGCAUGCUGUUAGAGAUUUUCGCAAAAUUGUUUCCAAUUCUAAAAUCUAUCACAAGAAUAAUGGAGAAUAUUUGUCAAAAAUUGAUUCACUUUCAAAAAAAAUGGAACAACUAUUUGAGGAACAUUUUUCAAAUUUAGAUUUUGAAAAUGUAUCGAGUAACGGUGACACAUCGCCAGUUUGUCAACGUUUCAAAUUACAAAGUCAACGAAAUCGAUGUAAUUCCAGUAAAAAAUCAUUUACAUCAUCUGACAAGAUUAAUAUUGUUAACGAACACAAUUUAAAUUAACACGUGUUUAAAAUUUUCUUUCAUUAUUUUGAUGAGAAAAAAAAUAGUACAUAAAAAAAAAAUUUCUUCAAAAAUAAUGAAUUUGAAAAAAAAAAUUAAACUUAAUAUUAGAUUUGUAAAUUUUACUUUUUAGUUAUGAGAGCCAAUAAUAUAGAGUAUAAAAUAUAUGUCAUUCGUAUAUACAUAUAAAGAAUGUGGCAUAUUUUUAAGUGUUCUUGAAUUUAAAUUUUAAUAAACCGUUACAAUCAUGAAACACAUUUUCAUAAAAUAAUUUUUUCAUCGAUCAAUAUUUAUAUAUUAUUUCUUAAGAUUC